UUAAGCUAUUUAUUUAUUUAUUUAUUUUGGGUGGAAUGCUUGAGCUUUUCCGUUCAAAUAUAAUUUGUUUCGACUUUCGAGUGCCCUGUAAACCCUAAACGAAGGAAGCAGUGAACCCGGUGAUAAGUUCCCCGUCGGCGACCAUGACUUUCAAGCGCAGAAAUGGAGGACGUAACAAGCACGGCCGUGGCCAUGUCAACUUCGUCCGCUGCUCCAAUUGCGGCAAGUGUUGUCCUAAGGACAAGGCGAUUAAGAGGUUUUUGGUGAGAAACAUUGUAGAGCAAGCUGCGGUGAGGGACAUUCAAGAGGCUUGUGUUUUUGACGGCUAUGUUCUCCCUAAGCUGUACGUGAAGAUGCAAUACUGUGUUUCCUGUGCAAUCCACUCCAGGGUUGUCAGGGUUCGAUCCCGCGAGGAUCGAAGGAAGCGCGAGCCCCCUCAGCGGUUCACCAGGCGCAAGGAGGAUCAGCAAAGGCCUGGAGGCCCUGGUCAGGCUCCUCGUACUGGAGCACCGGUUGCUGCUCGCACGUGAGAAGAAAAGGGUUCUGUUCUCUUCCGUUGGCCCUCAGUGCAGAUGUAGAGAGCUUUCAGUGCUUCAUCAUAGUUUAGGCAGUCCUUUGUUUUCCCUCUUAUGACUCAUGACAGCCAGUUGGAUCGGUCUUCGAGUCCCUGCACGUUUUGAUGGUCAUAUAUCCCUCAUAAGAUAGUUAUAUGUUUGUUGAACUGGUUCGUAAUCAGUUCUGCUGUGUUUUGUUGUUAGAAAUCUCGUUGUGACUGCAUAUUUUGUUGAGGCGGCAUUCUAGUUGAGACUGCUAUUCUGCCGUGACCAAUAUUUGCAAGCAAUGAAAGAAGAAAGAGCAGGGACGGAACAAUAUAUAUAGUCCGAGUCCGAGCCGGAAAAGGAAUUCCUAGUCCUAGCUGCCAACGGAUCCGAGUGUAGAAAAGAAAACGCCGACCCCCUCCCUAUAAAAAGGAAGUUUCACAUCAGAGUUCUCUCCCACAUCAAAUUAGAAAUUAAGUAGAUAAUGUCGACGGCGGCGGAAUCAACAAG